AUUAUUAUUAUUAUUAUUCAGUUAAUAUCUCUCGAAAUGAGUAGAUUUUGUCAUUGAUAGAAUGGAUUUCAAGGAAUGGCAAAGGGACGUUGUUUUCAGCUGGACGCAAAAAAACUUCUCUUCGUACUCUCUCUGGCAAUGGUUUGCCUCUCGCUGUACACCUUCCUCUCAGAUCCCGGUCACGUAGCGUAUUGGAACGCACAGCCUUCCGUUCAUCCGUUAUCAGUCGCACAGCUCUACCGCAAAAAGAAUGCAUCGGAUGACAUGCCCGCGAACGCCAGCCGUACCGAUAGCUCAGGUACUCCAGAUGCAAUGUCCACCAACGCAACGGACUGGACAGCGACCAAGCGCCUUCCCCAAGCUCUCAUCAUAGGCGUGAAGAAGGGCGGGACACGCGCCCUGCUCGAGUUCCUACGACUUCACCCAGAUGUUCGUGCUGCAGGUUCGGAGCCCCACUUUUUCGACAGACACUACGACCGCGGAUUAGAUUGGUACAGGAGCCUGAUGCCUAAGGCCUUGGAUGGGCAAAUCGUCAUGGAGAAGACGCCCAGGUACUUUGUGUCAGCAGACAGCCCUGCCCGUGUCCACUCCAUGUCUCAUGAGGUAAAGCUCAUUGUAGUGGUGCGGGACCCUAUCACCCGUGCCAUCUCUGACUACGCCCAGAUUGUGUCCAAAACGCCCGGUGUGGCCAGCUUCGAGAGCCUGUCCUUCAGGAACGGGAGCGCCGGCGUGGAGGUGAACUCCCAGUGGAGCCCCCUGUGGAUCGGGCUGUACGCCCAGCACCUGGAGCGCUGGCUGGCCUACUUCCCCUCCGCCCAGCUGUACUUCGUCCACGGCGAACGCCUGGUGACCGACCCGGCGGGGGAGAUGGCGCACGUGCAGGACUUCCUCGGGCUGGAGAGGAUUGUUACGGACAAGCACUUCUACUUCAACCAGACCAAGGGGUUUCCGUGCCUGAAGAAGCCGGAGGGAAGCAGUCAGCCACACUGUUUGGGCAGGACCAAAGGCAGAGCUCACCCCCAGAUCCAGGAAGAGGCCAUGAGGAAGCUUAGUGAAUUUUAUCGGCCCCAUAACGUUAGAUUCUAUGACAUGGUGGGCAAAGACUUUGGUUGGCAGUGAGAAGUCCUUUGCCUGAAAGCAACACUGACAAGCAGAGGGACUGGUAUUCGUGUGUCCAGUAGAGGGCACUAUUUCACCAUUCAUAUAUUUUUUGCUGAUGUUUGCUUUGAACUCUCUUGGCCAAAACUCGUUAACACUCCGGUUCACAGUGAGUGUCCUGGAGGAUCUCUGUUAUGGGAUGACUCGUGUGAGGGAAACAAAAACACAUUUGGCUUGCUGAUCAGCCCGUUUUCCAAUGUAAUAAAUACAAAGCUUUCAUCCUCGGUGAAUUCAUCACUACGCAAUAGGCAUUGGUAAAAUAUAUAUUUUUGCUA